UCCCAAAGUGCUUUGCUGUCACCCAGAGACACCCUGAGAAUUCCAGCGCUCCUUCGCCGGCCUAGCGGGCAGGCGGGCGAGCUCCGCGGCCCUUGGAAGGGCUGGGAGCGGCUGAGCGCGCCCCUUCUGAGAAAUGAGCGACAGUUUCUGAGCAGGCGGGGCGGCACGGGCCUGGCCUGGCCUGUGAGGGAAAGGAGACGAGCGAGCCAGGCUCGGCGAUGAGUUGUGGCUACGGAGGCGGAGGGAUGGUUCGCUCGCUCCUGGAGCUAUGCCUUCAUUGUUUAACAAGAAACAUAUCCAGGUAUGCUGCAGAUAUUAAGUCUUUGCCUCCCAACAUAAAAGAUAAGCUGAUUAAAUCAUUGAGUAUCCAAGGAUGGAUAACAGAUACAAAUAUAAGCAUGAUUCUUCACCCUGCAGUGGAGGCACUAGAUCUUCGAGACUGUGAUAUUUCAGACUAUGCCUUGCAACAGCUUUGUAACUGCAGGCAUCUGAAAAAGAUAAGUGUAAAUGUUUGGAAAAACAACAGACUGACCAUAACUUCUGAAGGAGUUGCAGCACUGGCCUUAUCAUGCCCCUAUCUGCGGGAAGCCUCUUUUAAGAGAUGCAGCAAUCUAACAGACAGUGGAAUCCUUGCUCUUGCCCUCAACUGCCCCCUUUUACAAAUAAUUAACAUAGGAGGAUGCUCCAACAUCACAGACACAUCCUUACAAGCCCUUGGACAGAACUGUAGAUCCCUGCACAGUGUUGAUUUCUCAUCAACCCAAGUCACUGAUGAUGGUGUAAUAGCACUUGUUAGUGGAAUGUGUUCAAACAAUUUAAAGGAGAUCCAUAUGGAACAUUGUGUUAAUUUGACAGAUGUAGCUGUGGAAGCUGUCCUCACAUACUGCCCUAUGAUAUAUAUUCUAUUGUUUCAUGGAUGCCCACUCGUAACAGAUCGUUCCCGAGAAGCACUGGAGCAGCUCGUUGGACCCAAAAAAUUCAAGCAAGUUUCAUGGACUGUUUAUUGAUUUUUGUUUGAAAUCGUAAGGCAUUACUUCAUUCCCCUCCCCCCCUGGGCAGACCAUUUCUGAGUCUCUUCUGAUUGUACAUUUGCUGUUGAUACUGUAGUCUCAAGUUGGAGAAGAACAAACAUGCUAUUCUGCAUUUUUGUGUUCAUGGAAGUUCGUGAAAGAGGGCUUUAGGGCUCUACUUCUUAAAAAAGACACCUUGUACCAAUUUACCAACAGUAAAUAAGGAAAUGCAAAAAGCAGAGCGAACACCAAUAAGCUAAUGAAGCAAAUUUCAUAGAAGCAUCUUCUUGUGCUGCCUACUCUGUUGUCAUUUAGGUGGAGACCAGUUCUAUUUCUAGGUGUCCAUUGUAACAGGAGCCAUGAUUUGUUUGUAUCUGAAUAAAACCUUCUUCAAAUUGUACAGUGCAUGCAUUUCAUUUAAUUCUAUUAAUAACCAGUCAUAAAAUAUGUUUGUAGAACUCAAUAUUGUCAUUUUCAAGACAAAAAGCUAAUGUGGGGCUUUGCUGAUAUCGCAGAAUGGGAUGCCAUAUUCCACUCUUGUUAAGGAAUUAGUUAUUUAUUUGAUCUGUAACCUAUUAAAGGCAAGUUAUAAUAACACUCACUGAAGUUUUAUUUUUUGAAAGCUUUUGCCAAAAUAAACAUGUUAGUGUCUAAGCUGAUGCAAGACUCUUGAUUACUUUUCUUACACAAAACUAACAUGAAUACUUUUUGGAAAAUAUCCCACUAAGAUAUUAUCAUUGUCUUUAGUAAUAAGAAAAAUACUGACCAAUUUGGAUUUUGACAUUCAUUAGAUAAAUGUAGUAAUCUUCUAUGUUUUCCCUUUACUAUUAAUCAUUAUUGAAUAAGGAUUUUGACAUUCUUCCUAAUCAAAUAAUAUAUAGCACAGCUUUAAGAAUUCUCACCCAGCACUUUUUAGGGCAGUACGUGGAGUACAGUGAGAUGAAACAGAAAAUGCAAAGCUUGAUCAAACCUAUGUGAACAGUUAUGUUGAAACAGAAAGCAGCCUUUAUGAACAUAUUCAGUAAUUGCUUCUGUACAAUAAUAAUUUGCUUAAUAAAAGUCAAGCCAGAAUGAUCCACUCGUUUGCAAACAUGAGUAAUAGCGAAGUCAUGCCAGAAUGGAUAAGAUGCUAUUCCAUUUUAGACCAGGAUGUUACAUCUAAUGUGUGCUACAGUGGCUGACCAGACAUGAUAGAUA